GGCAUUAUGGGGCGGAGGUAGUGGCAGUUCCUUCUACAGUGUGACUAAGAGGAGAGGACACUGCUCAAACCCCCGGUUGACCGUUUAGGUAUCCGUUCCUGUAGGUAGAACCGUGCAUCUGCUGAAGCGUCGCCGGACCGGUGGCGCGAGAUGGCACACAACGCUAUGAUGAGCAACGCGGAAGACGUAGCCGACCAGUUCCUGCGCGUGACCAAGCAGUACCUGCCCCACGCGGCGCGUCUGUGUCUGAUAAGCACCUUCCUGGAGGACGGCAUCAGGAUGUGGUUCCAGUGGAGCGAGCAGAGAGACUACAUCGAGGCCACCUGGGGCUGUGGGUACUUCCUGGCUGCCUGCUUCGUGCUGCUCAACCUGGUGGGGCAGAUAGGAGGGUGCGUGUUGAUCCUGAGUAGAAACUUCGUCCAGUACGCCUGCUGUGGUCUGUUUGGAAUCAUCGCCCUGCAGACCAUCGCCUACAGCAUUCUCUGGGAUGUCAAGUUCUUGAUGAGGAACUUGGCUCUGGGUGGAGGUCUGUUGCUGCUGCUGGCGGAGGGCCGUCAGGAGGGGCGGAGCAUGUUUGCGGGGGUGCCCUCGGUGAGGGAGAGCUCCCCUAAGCAGUACAUGCAGCUGGGUGGACGCAUCCUGCUGGUGCUCAUGUUCAUGACCCUGCUGCACUUUGACCCCAACCUUAUCUCUAUCCUCCAGAACCUGGUGGGCACGGCCCUCAUCGUGCUGGUGGCCGUGGGCUUCAAGACCAAGCUGGCCGCCCUCACCCUGGUCCUCUGGCUGUUCUGCAUCAACGUCUACUUCAACGCCUUCUGGAAUGUUCCGGCCUACAAGCCCAUGCACGACUUCCUGAAGUACGACUUCUUCCAGACGCUGUCCGUGAUCGGAGGCCUGCUGCUGGUGGUGGCGCUGGGGCCAGGGGGCGUGUCCAUGGACGAGAAGAAGAAGGAAUGGUAGAGGGGGAGGAAGGGGGCGCCGCCUCCUCUCCUCCCUUGUUGAUGAGACGAGCUCUGCAGGACUCCACACACCACACACACACACACCAAUGCAACACCCGUCAGACUCAAGGAACUGGAUAUUCUCCACCUUUACCCAUCCUAACAUCCCACAUCACACUCUCUCCCCCCCUCCCUCUCCUUCUCUCUCCCCCCCUCCCUCUCCUUCUCUCUCCCCCCCUCCCUCUCCUUCUCUCUCCCCCCCUCCCUCUCCUUCU